AAUAAGAUAACGAUGAGUCUCGAAAUUGAGAAAUUAAUUUAAAAUUAGUAUAAAACCCUCACCUUCUUUCAAAAUCCCCCAAAUUCGCCACACAAAUCAUAAAGAUUACCCCUUUGGUCUUCUCUCUCUUAUCUUUCUCUCUUCAAUGGAUCCCUACAAGUACCGACCUUCAAGUGCUUACAACGCUCCUUAUUGGACCACGAAUUCUGGUGCUCCAGUUUGGAACAACAACUCUUCUCUGACUGUCGGACCAAGAGGUCCAAUUCUCCUUGAGGACUACCAUCUGGUGGAGAAACUAGCAAACUUUGACAGAGAGCGUAUCCCAGAACGUGUGGUCCACGCCAGGGGAGCUAGUGCAAAGGGGUUCUUUGAGACCACCCAUGAUAUUUCAAACCUUAGCUGUGCCGAUUUCCUUCGAGCUCCUGGAGUGCAGACACCUGUAAUUGUCCGUUUCUCCACAGUUAUCCAUGAGCGCGGUAGCCCUGAAACUUUGAGGGAUCCUCGAGGUUUUGCAGUGAAGUUUUACACCAGAGAGGGUAAUUUCGAUCUUGUCGGAAACAAUUUCCCUGUCUUCUUCAUCCGUGAUGGAAUGAAAUUCCCAGACAUGGUCCAUGCUCUGAAACCCAACCCUAAAUCUCACAUCCAGGAGAAUUGGAGGAUCCUUGAUUUCUUCUCUCAUCAUCCGGAAAGCUUGCAUAUGUUCACCUUUCUAUUUGAUGAUAUUGGAAUUCCACAAGAUUACAGGCACAUGGAUGGCUCUGGUGUUAACACCUAUACUCUGAUUAACAAGGCUGGGAAGGUUCACUACGUGAAAUUCCACUGGAGACCCACCUGUGGAGUCAAGUCUUUGUUGGAAGAUGAGGCUAUUAAGGUUGGAGGAGCUAACCACAGUCAUGCUACCCAAGAUCUGUACGAUUCAAUUGCUGCUGGAAACUACCCUGAGUGGAAACUUUUCAUCCAAACAAUUGAUCCUGAUCAUGAAGACAGAUAUGACUUUGACCCACUUGAUGUAACGAAGACCUGGCCCGAGGACAUUUUGCCCUUGCAGCCGGUUGGUCGCAUGGUUCUUAAUAGGAACAUCGAUAAUUUCUUUGCAGAGAAUGAACAAAUUGCGUUUUGCCCGGGCAUUGUUGUUCCUGGUGUCUACUAUUCAGAUGAUAAGCUGCUCCAGACCCGUGUCUUCUCCUACUCCGACACUCAGAGGCAUCGUCUUGGACCAAACUAUCUUCAGCUCCCUGUGAAUGCCCCCAAGUGUGCUCAUCACAACAAUCAUCACGAGGGUUUCAUGAAUAUUAUGCACAGAGACGAGGAGGUCAACUACUUCCCUUCAAGAUAUGAUCCUGUUGGUCAUGCUGAGAGGUACCCCGCCCCUCCAGCCAUCUGCACUGGAAAGCGAGAAAGGUGCAUUAUUGACAAGGAGAACAACUUUAAGCAACCCGGAGAGAAAUACCGAUCCUUUACACCAGAGAGGCAAGAGCGCUUCAUCAAACGAUGGAUUGAUGCCUUAUCCGACCCACGUGUCACCCAUGAGAUCCGCAGCAUCUGGGUCUCGUACUGGUCUCAGGCGGACAAGUCUCUUGGUCAGAAGCUAGCAUCUCGCCUAAAUGUGAGGCCAAGCAUCUGAGGAUGAAUGGGGGGCCAUGCGCUAGUUUUCGAGUUUGGAAGACUGCACAUGAAAGAUGGAAGUGAGCGAGAGUGGAUUGGGGUCAUUUAGAAAGGGAGAAUCAAAUGCAUAAUAUUUUGAUUGUGCUAUAUGUGUUAUGAUGUAAUAUACUGAAACCUCCAUAUCAGUAUAAUAAUAAUGAAUCAGUGACUUUUUAAUGGCU